CCCUUGGACCCCUUCAAACCCCACAUCUCAAAUCACCAAAAAUCACUCAUUAUUUCAUUGAAAGUGAUAUCCUUUACACUCCCAGACCAAAAAAUUUAAAAAAAUUGAAUAAAUCAAUUAAGUUUAAUUAGUUUCUUAGCCAUAAAAAAUAUGAUGAAGUAUAACCAUGUUGUUGUUUGUAUUAGUAUCAUAAUAAUGGCUCUAGUGGUGAUCACACCACAAGCUAGGGCCACAGUGAGUUGUGGGACUGUGGCCUCUAGCUUAGCUCCGUGUCUCAAUUACCUAGAGGGUGGAGCGACUGGCACCGUCCCUUUAGGUUGUUGCACAGGGAUUAAGUCUCUUAAUAAUGCUGCCCAAAGCACUCCUGAUCGUCAAACUGUUUGUCAAUGCCUCAAAACUGCUGCUAAAGCUAUGCCAGGUGUCAAUGUAGGAUUGGCUUCUACUGUUCCUUCCAAGUGUGGGGUCCACAUUCCUUACAAACUUGACCCUUCUACUGAUUGCUCCUCGGUUCACUAAGAGAGUUUUCUUGUGCUCGUUGCCAGUUACUAUGGAAAACGGCGUAUUUGUGUGGAGAGAUAAUAAGGGUGGAUUUCUGAUCGAAAGUCCAAUUUCCCACUGCUUUUUAAUAUUUUUUGUUGUAGUUUGUUUUGAAAAAGGUUCACAUAAUAUAUGUGCUGACAUAUAUUUAUAUAAGAACCUCUUUUAUUUUAAUUAAUGUACGAAAGCUCUUUUUCAAUGUAACUUCUAUUAUUCUUAACCACUUAUCUUAUUUAUUUUCUCA